AUGUGUCAAUUGAAAUUUCCCUUUGAGCAUUGUUGGAAUGAAUUAAGAUCCCAACCAAAAUGGAUGGAAGAUACAACAACGAAGAAGCAAAAAAGCACAAAAAAUGCAUCUCCGGCAACGUCUACCCCUUGUACACCAGAUUCAGUAAAUUUAGGGGACAAUGAUAACUAUGAUGUUGUGGAAAGACCAUCAGGAAGAAAGGCCGCAAAGAAAAACAAAGCCAAAGAUCUUGGAAAUAAUGUUACAGAGUCGCCUUUUGUGAAGCUCUUAGAAGAGAUAAAGGUAAAGAACGACAUAACAAAUAAGAAGAAAAUAGAGAUAUUUGAGAAAUCUUAUCUUCAAGAGGAACGAAGGAUUGAAAAUGAGGAAAUGAGAGAGGAACGAAGGCUUGCAUUGGAGGAAGGAAGAGAGGAAGAGAGAAUCAUGUCAAUGGAUACAAGCAUGAUGCCUCCAUUGCAAGCGCAAUAUAUUUGCCAACGUCAGAUGCAAAUCCUUGAAAAAAUGAAUUAA